GAGGAAAGAGGAAGGAAGAUGGCGGCGGCGAGCGGCGGGCUGCGGCUAUGGUGGCGGCGGAGGCCGCCGCCCGCCGCGGGCCUCGGCCGCGGGGCGCGCACCUUCUCCCGUAGCGGGCGGGCGGCGGCGGCGGCGGCGGUGCGGGCCGAAGAGCUGGCGGAACGGCUGCGGGCCCGGAGGAGGGAGGAGGAGGUGGAGAAGCGAGAGAUCCCCACAGACCCGGCACAGAGACGGGUCCGGGAGCUUGCCAUGCUGAGCAAGCAGCUGCAGCAGGUUCACCCCAAUGUCCUGGCCAAAGUGCUCAAGCAGGGAACCGUGUACCAAAAUGAGGAGAUUGUGGUGAUCAACAAACCCUAUGGCCUUCCCGUGCACGGCGGCCCCGGGAUCAAGAAUUGUAUUGCCGACGUGCUGCCGAUUUUGGCCAAGAUGUUGCAGAACAUGAAAGCCGAACCCCUCCACCUCUGCCACCGGCUGGACAAAGAGACCACGGGCGUGAUGGUGCUGGCACGGAGCAAGGAGGCAGCGGAGAGGAUCCGGCUUCUCUUCAAAACUCGUCAGGUGGAGAAGAUCUACUGGGCAAUUAGCCUGGGGGACCCAGACCCCACCGAGGGCAUCGUGGAGAUCCCCAUCGUGGAGAAGGAGGUGCAGAGCCACCAGUCGCACUACAAGAUGACAUUGGCCCCAAACUAUCGCCUGUCUCCAGAGGAUGGAAAGGUGGUGAAAAUCCGCAAAAAACGCAACGCUGAAAGCGCCGUGACACGGUACCGCCUUCUGGCUAGCUCUUCCGCCUGCUCUCUGCUGGAGCUCCAGCCCAUCACAGGGGUGAAGCACCAGAUCCGGGUUCACCUGGCCUAUGGCUUGGGGUGCCCCAUCCUGGGGGAUCACAAAUAUUCACACUGGAGCAAGCUGGCACCCCAGAAGCUUCCUGAAAUCACCUUGAAGAGGCUGAAGCUGGAGCAGAGCAAGGCUCGCCACCUCCCCCUCCACCUCCACGCCUACCGGCUCUCCCUGCCCCUGGGCAAGCAGUUAGACCUCGUCUGCAAGCCACCCCUCUUCUUUAAAAAGACCCUGAAGAAGCUGAGACUGGAUGUACCUAACGACUAAUGAGGCAGGACUGGAGUGGUACCGCCUUAUCUCUACAUCUCCAGCACGUGGUAGUGCUGGGUCUGGCUGCUCUGCAGUGGUGUCUGCCUCGGAGCCAGUGGUGUGAUGAAGUCUACGGUCUCUGCCGCUCGCCAGAGACCUCCUGUGUUGAUACUGGUGUUGCUGGCUUCACACCAGGUACCCGCACGGGCUUCUUGCCCUGAUUUGGUGCAGAAACAUGUCCAGGCACGCUGAAGAGCCUCUUGUUGGGACAAAUGAGGCUGGGUAGAAACUGGGCUUUGCCCAAGCCGUGUUUUGAACCUGUCUCUGAGCAAUAAAAGAUGCAGUUUCUGCCGA